ACAGAACUCAUUUGAGACCUGUCAAAUUUACUUAAUCACAUUUACUGUCAUUCUCAAAAUUUUGAUUUCACUCAAAGAGUAUACAAUCAGCACCAAAGAGUAUAGUAAGAUAAACACCAAAAUGCCGAAGAAAUUUGCUGGUGAAAACAGCAAAGCUGUAGCUGCACGGCAACGAAAAGAAAAUGAAAAGCAAGAAAAGGAACAAAAGAUGAAGAAAAUGAUGGAAGAUGCAGAGUGGGAGGAUAACGACGAGAAACUUAAGAAGAAACAACAGAAGAAGGAGGACCAGGAGAAGAAGCGUUUAGAACAGCUACAGAAAAAAGCAGAAGCAAAGGCUUUGCUAGAGAAAGAGAUGCAAUCAAUAAAGGCAACUCCCAAGGCUGCCCCUCCACCUCCUAAGAUCACACGAGCACAGAUUGAAAGGAUGCAAGAGAAAACCAUUAAAGCAGAGCCAGUCAAAUCAGUGCCAUCAAAAGUGGUUGUGGAAGAGCCUCCACUCGAGGAGAAUCUCAACAGGAUCCAUUUGGAUGGAGAAGUGGCACAGACUGUUGAUGAAGCUAUUUCUAUACUUGGUGAAAAGUCAGAUACAGAUAGGCAUCCUGAAAAACGUCUGAAGGCAGCAUACACAGCAUUUGAAGAAGCGAACUUGCCAAUACUGAAGGCUGAGAAUCCAACACUGAGGUUGUCACAACUCAAACAGAUGCUGAGGAAAGAAUGGCUCAAGUCACCACAGAACCCAUUGAACAUGAAAGUGUGAAGACCUCUAACAAUAUUUAUUAUAAAUGCUUUAAUAAUAUUAAUUUGCUCUGUACCAGGUAUUGCAGGUGGUGCAAGUUCAUGGUUUUGUUGCAGUAGUAAGACACUUAAUGGGUUCAUAAAGUUUCAGUUGUAUUCCAUAUUAAUAUUUAAUUACACAUAUCCAGUAGGUAAAUGAUGUUUGCUAUAUAUAAGUUGGUAAUUUCAUAAUUUAGUAUAUGUUUAUAAAUUACACAAUUUGUUUAUAAUAAUUACUAACUUAUAUUCAAAAUGCAGUCUUACUCCAUAGGACAAAUUGUACUAGAAUAACACAGGCAUUGUAAAUACAUAAUAUAAAUUUCUAAAUUCAUUUUGGUUCAUCAUUGUAUUGGAUGGGUAUCCCCUUGCGACCCUGUUCAGCCAUUUUCACUUCUGUUUCGCCUAGUUUUUGCUCUAGACCCUUCCAGGACCUAUCUUGGAGGUUUUGUCCUAUAUUUUCGAGGGCCCAGUUCUGUUUUUCUGCCAGAUCUGUACUACUUCCCUGAAGACUAUCAACUUUAGUCUCCCUUAUCUUUCCUGUGAUGAGACUUAUAUCUGUGGUUUCCUGGAUGUGGUUGAUAUCACAGUGGUGGCGUCGCCCUGGCAGCAAUUGGUCAUAAUCCGUAAUAUGAGUUACGAAAUAAGCUUCUCUGUUUGAGUUUAAAGCCACUUCCAGUUCGUAAGGGUACACAAUAGGUUUAUAGAAGUCUCUAGCACUGUACAGAUCAUUUUCUGGACAUGCAAUCAUCACAUAUAUAUCAAUCUGUAAAGGCGACACAAAUCAAAACAUUUAAAUACAUAUAAAUAUGCCUGUAGAUCUUCAAAGCAGUGGACAGAGAUGCUUUUUCUAAUGUAACACUCACUUUUCACCAGUUAUAAAUUCCAUGGAAUAAAAUAAUUGCCUAUUUUUACAAAUGGAAUAAAAAGGCUAAAAUGUAACAAUUACUAUAAAUAAUAACCAAGGACUUACUUCAGGAAAAUUGGCCAAUUUUGGAACAUUAGGCUUCCCCACAGAUACAAUGUAGCUUUUCUUGCCAUUAACUUUGCAGAGCUGCUUCAUUCUGCUGAUAAUGUCCUUGGUCUGGUCACCAGCCAGCUUACAAACCAGAAUGCCCACAACAUUGGCAUCCUUGCACUUCUCUACUAAGAAUCUUCUUCGCUUGAACCAAGCAGUUUCUUCUGAACUCUCAAUCUGGUUUGUGUUAGGAUCCAGCAAAUACCAUUGUGAUGCUUUGGAAAUAAAAAUAUGAAUUAAGAAAACUAUUCAGUAAAUAAGCUUACAUGUCAGGCAGCCUUUACAUGUCUAAAUGGUUGAGGGUACCUGCAAUAGAUAUGGUGUAGUUGAAUAGUGUUUGUCCCCGUGUUCCAAGAUGUAUACAAAUGCAAUCCUUCAAAACAUCCACUGCCAAGUCUUCACCAUCUUUGUUCCUAAUUAUUCUUCCUAAGAACCUGUUUGGUUUCUCUUCUAUCUCGACAAAAGAUAUGUAGCUAAGUGGGAAGGAUUCAAAGCAGUGUUUUGACAUUAAAUCUGGAAAAAAUUAACUUUGUAAAGAAUAUAAAGGAAACAAUCUGUCUAUUUGUUUUCUUACAGGAUCCUACUGGAGUGAAUCAAUUUGCAUGAUUGAAUGUUUUUUUUAAGGGGGGAAAAUCAUCGAAUGACUGCUCCCGCCUGGGUAAUGCGGAAGGGAGUGUCAGACUCUUACUGACUAAAAACCACCCUGUUCGUUCUCCUGCACGUCGAGCCGGAGGCCCGGUUGACAUGGUGGCCAUGUUAGACAGUUUUUAUAACAAAAAAGAGACUAUACUCGGAAUUUUAAUUCGAUUCCAGAUUUGACAAUUUCAGUGUGGCAACGUUAUGACAAGUACUAAAUAGUGACGUUGCGAAAUUAUUCGAUAUGGAAAUGAAAUAUUUCUGGAUCGAUUCUUCUCGUUUAUAAUAAUUAUAAUUUUACUCUUGUGAACUAAGUUUAUCAGGAAAUUAAAUAUUUCUGAACCGAUAAUUUAGUUUUGACGAUUAAUUAACGAUCUGAGACGUUUCUUUUAUAAUGUGUGUGAAAUAAAUAAAAAAAUGUAGGUAAUCAUGAAGGAACAUGACAAAUAAAACAGAUAGAUGUAUUAUGGUAAUAAGUUAUUUUAUAAAUUGUCGCCGUCAUCGCUAUCGCUAUCCUGUCACUUUCUGUAACAUUUAUUAUAAAACACACACACUGACUGUUUAUCGAUUUUUGUGUGCAUCACUACACUAUUAUAUGUGGUAUCAUUAUUUCACAAAAUGACAGUAGCUAUUGUCAAAUCUGGAAUCUAAUUAAAAUUCUGACUAUAGUUGUACUCUAGUAUCCACUUCCUGUUAUUCAAUAUCUUCCAUACCUUUGCAAUGUUCAAAUCCAGCAUCAUAAAACAAGCACAGCUUGGCAUCUGCAUUAAAGCUAUCUUUCAGUACUUUGAUAGUAGCUUCCACAUCCACAUUGUAUUUGGGUAGCACGGUGAACACAGGAAUGUUGGUUGUAGAGAAACAACUGUGUCCAUAGUGGACUACUGCACUGCCUUGUACAUGCAUAGCUGCCACAGAGUCUACACAGCAACUGUAAUAAAAGGAAUGUUAAUUUAUACAUAACAAGAGCCUACAAUUUAUCAUUAAUAUGUGGUAUAUGAUACAAAUUAGAAAGAAUGAUGAUUAUAUUAUUAUAGGUCUUCUCUUACCUACCUUGCAUAAGAUGUGUCACCAAGAAUGUACAAGUCAACCUCCACUUUCUUCUUUAUUUCUUCAUAAAUCUUAGUACUCACAUUAAGAAGUUCAUCAGGAAAUUGAAGGCAAACCUGUUCAACACGCAAAUACCCAAUUAUAAUUUUUUUUAUUGCUUAUUUCAUUCAUUGCAACAACUGUGAAAUUGAUGGUUUACCAACCUUUAAGAAAUUAUUUUUAGUUAUCCAUCCGCAUGUUUCGUUUAUAUCAAAACGAGUUAUCAAAUCAUCGAAUUCUUUUUCACACCUGUACACUUCCAACUUCCGUUCUAUGCACAAUUUUCCAUCUGUAGUAAAAUUAGCCAUUGUUUCGAUACAAUAAUAAUACUUCUCACACCUUGUUUUUGCAAGUUUUACAUCAUAUUCAUAAUAUUUCAAUUCACAGUCAGUAACAUCGAAACAGAAUUACAGAAAUGACAUUUAUUUUGCCAAGCUGUCACUGUCAAACUAUGAUUGUCAGAUUGUCACAGAGAAGCAGAAACGUUCCAUUACCUUCACCAAUGGAUACCUUAAGUUUUCGCAUUUCAAAGUGCAGGAGUAGGAACAGGGUCGUUUUUAGUCAGUAAGUCAAUAAGAGUCUGACACUCCCUCUCGCGGGAAAAGUCAUUGGAUGAUUUCCCCCUCAAAAAAAAAACUAGUUUUCGCAUUUACCUUGAUUCGUCACUUACCUUGAAUACUGAGACUAGAACGUAAUGUGCAAAAAGCAAUGUGCGUUGCGAUGUCAUCUAAACACCACAGCAACGAUUUCACAAAUCUUUAUUUUCUUUUUUUUAUAAAAACGACAAUGAAAACUAUUGGUAGGUAAUAUGGCACCAUACAAACACCCUAUUUUCACUAUUUAAAUAUGUUAUGAGUCCAAUGUAAUAGAGGUGAGUCUAUUGCCACAUACCGCCCACCGGGCACAAUUACAGACUCCGUGCUACUACUGAAUUAAAAAAAAACCAGUAAUAUUUUGAAUUUAAACAGUCGCACUUGGGACCACUCGACCAACUAGGCAGUCAGUACUGUCAGUAAUUUUUUAUAAGAUGUGGGUCGCCCGGUGUUUGGCAAUGUCACCUGGUGGUAAUUUAGAAUGAAUACUGUUUUUUCUAAAUAAAAUAGGAGGAAAAAAUGCAACAAACUGUUAUUAAUAAUGCAUUUACUGUACAGGUGUAAAUAAUAAAUAGGUUGAUGAAAAAAUUCCAGUAAACUUUAAUAUCCUUCAUCACUGACUGUGAUGCUAUAGCCAGGGUAGACUUUCUUGAUUAAUUUAGCCGCCAUGUCAUGGUCUGCCUUGCCGUAGCCUUGGGAGUAGCCAUAAAUAUGUAUCUUUUUAUUUUCAGGGUCAUGAGAUAUUCUUCCUCCUCCAAGAGGUUCACAGUCUAAGGGCUGUAGUCUUUCUUGGAC